AUGAGCCGUAGCACCAAACUCGCCCCGGAAGCCAACAGGAUCCUCUUCGUCAAGAACCUUAGCUACAACGUUACCGCAGACGACCUAUUUGAUCUUUUUGGGAAGUUCGGCCCUAUCCGGUAUGCCGCGUUGCAUCUCCCAACCGCCCUCGCACAUUUAAAACUAACGAUAUCUGGCAGACAAAUCCGCCAGGGCAUUGCCGCGAACUCAAAAGGCACGGCAUUUGUGGUAUAUGAGGAUGUUCAUGAUGCCAAGCAGGCCUGCGACAAAUUGAACGGGUUCAAUUUCCAGAACCGAUACCUUGUUGUCCUGUACCAUCAGCCUGAAAAGAUGGCAAAGUCGAAAGAAGACCUUGCAGCACGACAAGAGAAUCUUGAAAAGCUAAAGCAGCAGCACGGCAUUGAAUAA